AUUCUGCAAAGAUUCUUGUGAGUGGUGUACAUGGAGGAAAAGAAACCGAAAUUAAAAAAGAAGAGAAAACUCUCCAAAAUGCUAAGAAGUCCAGCAGCUUCAUGUAGGUUUCCUCCAGUUUCAUGUCCCUCAAACCCAAGAAAUGUCGUCCCUCAUCUUUUCAAACCUAAUGUUGUUGAUCGACGUCAAAUGCUCAUUUCUCUGACAACAAUUUCAGUGACCCCUCUCCUUGAAUCUACAAACAUUCUCUCCACAUCCAAUGCCAAUGCCAGUCUAUUUCAAAUGCCCCCAUAUCGCCUUAUCAACAGAUACUUUCUUGUUCGGGCAGGAGAAUCAGAAUUUGAGAGUUUGGGAGUAAUAAACACGAAUCCGGUUGCAAAGACAUCAAUGGACAGUGGACUGUCAAUAGAAGGUAGAAGACAGAUGGCCAGAGCAGCUUUAAAAUUGAAGGCAAUGGGGGCUUGUGAUCAAAGUUGUUGGAUUUGGCCUUCAAUCACUCAGAGAGCUUAUCAGGCUGCUGAGAUUAUCGCCUCCGUCAACGGAAUCAAUCGCAGCAGCCUCAUUGUCCCGGAGUACAGCUUCUUGGAUGCGCGUGGUUUAGGUGCUUUUGAAGGAAAAACAUUGGAUGCUGUUGCACAGGUAUAUGAAGCUGAUAAUAUAUCUCCAAACAUCAGGCCGCCUCCAAUUGAUGACGGAACUCCAAAUGAGAGUGUUUCAGACGUUUUUGUUCGUGUAACACAACUUAUGUCAAUUCUAGAAACCCAAUACUCCGGAGAUACGGUGGUUAUUGUCUCACCAGAUUCCGAUAACUUAACUGUACUGCAAGCUGGUUUACUAGGAUUGGAUCUUCGCAAGCACAAUGAUUUAUUCUUCAGUCCUGGUGAGGUCAGAGAAGUCAACCCAGAUGAAAUACCUGCAUACAAGGAACCAGCUUCUGGUGCAUUCAAAUGUUCCAAUCCACCAAGCUGUAUCUAAGAAAAUUCUUCCCUGACUCACAGGAAUGUAAAUAGAAUAAACAACUGUUGGGAGAUAUAAAUAUUUAAAAACAUAGUUUUUUAAUUUAUAUCAAACUUAGAGAAAUAGUGUGGUGGUAUUAUUUUGGGCUCCCACGCUAUAGAUUUUUGGGUUCAAGUCUCACCCCAUGCAUUUGACUAGGUAUAUUUAUAUAUCUAUAUUAUUUAUUUAAAUCCAGGAGAGCAGGGCCUUGGGAGAUCUGGUGAUUCAGAAACUGAUUUUUUGCAGA